CCAAUUGCACUAGCAGGCCUUUUUGCCCAGCAGCAAUCCAGACAGCGCCGGCUGGUUUGGUGCAAUCUGGCAGGCUGUUUUAUUAACAGACAGAACAAAAAGCACAAGGAAGAGCCUGGCAGCUGUAUAAAACUCCCUCCGAGCUCCAAACCCCGCAGAAGUUCACCGGCCUCAGCAAACAGCAUGACCAGCCAGUCUCAGGGAAUCCAGCAGCUUUUGCAGGCAGAAAAACGUGCCAAGGACAAACUGGAGGAAGCCAAAAAAAGAAAGGGAAAGAGGCUGAAACAGGCCAAAGAAGAAGCCAUAGCAGAGAUAGACCACUACAGGUUACAGAGGGAGAAGGAAUUUAGGAACAAACAAACAAAUGUAAUGGGCUCCCAAGGUAACCUCUCUGCUAAAAUAGAAGAGCAAACAACAGAAACCAUCCGAAAACUCACUAGCAGCUACCACAAGAACAUGGAGAGCAUGAUGAAAAAGCUUUUGAGCAUGAUAUGUGACAUCAACCCCGAAGUUCACCCAAACUUCAGACACGCAGUUUAAGAUCCAUUGAUGUGCUGGAGAAGGAUGUUUGUUUGUAAAAAGUAGCCUUCUUUCUUGAUAAGUAUAAAUAUUUCCUCAUUUAUUGUUUCUGUAUGUGAGAAAAAAAAGAACACUAAAGCCAAAAUCACACAGUUCUACGUAGGCUUUUAAUGUGACAAGAAUUCUACAGGUUUUCACAAGCAUUUGUUGGAAUAUUGCUUCCUGUUGGUAGUUAAGUCACUUAGAUGGGGGCAAGUCAACAACAACAUAAUAAAUGAUUAUUUGAAACCAGCAGCUUUUCAGUGGGAGUCUUUUCUCUUAUAAAAUGUUCUGUACUAGGAUGUGGUGUUGCACAAAGUCUGUUUAUCCCAAUCUUUACUGUACUUCAAGUCCCAUGAAAUAGAAUACCACAAAAACUUAAAAUUAAGCAUUUCUGUUUUCCUGUGACACACAGAGUGGUCAGGUUGUGGAACACAUAGGAACUCUGUAACUUUUGGUCAAAAAGAAUAGGUCAAAACAUUUUCAAUUUUUGUAUGUUAAGUUAAAGCAAAAUAUAGCUGACUUGUACAGAACUCUCAAAAUCCAUACGCAAGGUAUUGUCCUGUUGUUUAACUACAUGACAAACUUUAUAUAGCUCUGUUAAAUGUGAAAAAUGAGAACAGAAGUAAUCAUUAUUUAUGAAAUUGCUUUCCUUCAAGGUGUAGACUAGCACAUCUAUCAUGAUCUAUACAGUUACACUGAAAGCAAAGGAAUCCAUGGGCUCAAACUACACUAAAUGGUACCUGAAUCCAGGUUGUUCACAGAAAUCACGUCAGUUAGAACCCACUUCUGUUACCCUAAGUGACCUUGAGUAAUAUUUCCCUCUGCAAUGGCAUGGGUUUCCCUUGGAAUAAAUUCUACUGAAGUUAGGAAAAUACAAUAUGAUGUGGUGCUUUCAAGGUGCAGCCCGUUAAAUCUGAUUGGAGGCAUUGAUGAAGUGGGGGCCUGGCACACACCUGCAUCAAGAAACCCCUUAAUGCCUUGUCUCCACUACAAAAUUACACUGAAUUAGAAAAGAAGCUUGAGAAAUUGCAGUGACUAGCAAACAAUAGCCAUGAUUUUCAGUCCACAUAGACACAGACAAAUCAUUUCAAUUUCACAGCAGCUAGUCAUAGGCAAUCUUCUGUUCCAGUGAGGUUUACACAGCUGACAUGCUGUCAUGUGUAAAAUGACCAUAAAGAUGUAGUCAACUUAAUGUCAGCAAACAUGACUCCUCAAGGCUGUGCCUGGAUGCUACAUAAUCUCCAAGCCCUGAUUGUUAGAAUCUCCUGUGCUUGAUUAUAUUCUCUGGGGAUGCAAGGAUGCCGAGUAGUGGGAAAGAGACUAGAAAUCCUCCUGACAUCAGCUGAAAGGCUCAUUUAUUUA